GUUGCGGUAUUCCGGUAACUCUUUGCGCACUUGCCGCAGUAGUUCCAGUCAGAGCUUCAGUGAUCCGCCGAUGAGCACCGCCGCCGUCUGAGGAGGGUCAUGGAAUAGACAUGGCCCACAACAGAAGCUAUUUCCUCGAAGCCCUGGAUCGAUCAGAGACCAGGAGGGAUGGAGGGUACAAGAACAACUGGAGCUUUUCUCUUUCUGAUGACAGUGAAGAUGAGAGGAGACACGAUGCGACCGUGAUGACCAUGGAGGAGACGGACAGCCAGCAGCCCACCUCCCCUGAGGACAAAAGGUCCCCGUCGCUCCGACACUUCACCUCCUCCGACCCCUUGAGGACUUAUGAGAACCGGCCUAACCAUCACAUGAGGCCUCUGAAUAAGCUCGCGCCCAAAAAGCUCAGUGAUUCUCCGAUGCCCGGUAAAGCCAACUAUUACAUCAUCAGUCCUGCACCGUCGCAGGGGAUCGUCAUCCAAGGACGACACUUCCAACACGCACACAUGCCCUCGGCCAUCAGGAAACCGGUCCAGAGAAACGACUUCUCCUCGACACAGCAGACGGUGGAGGUGGACAGCAUCGUCCUCACCUGUCCAGAAGUCCCAGCAGAAGACACGCUGAAUAUCAAACGUCGUGUUCAACAGAAAAGGAAACCUUUGGAGAGCUGCUACAGUUUCCCCUCACCAGUCAAAUCCACAGAGGCCACCUUAUCCUCCCCGACGCCCCGCCCCCCCAUCAGAAGCCCGCCCUCCCCCGGACCAAACAGCCUACAGCAGCAGAAUGUGAUCACCCUGUACAAGCCCGCCCCCCCGGUGGCCCUGCCGGGUCAGAUGGCCAACCCCAGAGGGAUGCUGCUGCCGCUGGACGACGGCCAGGCGCCGCUGUUGGCCGGGACGUCCAGCUGCUGCGGAUCCAAGAUGGCCGCCAAAGGGAGGAGGACGGCGGCGACGCAGCACGAACUCAACGAUCCCAUCGUUUUGUCCAGCGACGACGAGGCCGACAACGCCAGCACGGGAAGCGCCAACAGACUGGACAGCGUUUCCCCCCGGCCCGCAGACUCCGCCCACUCCUCGCCGGCGCCCUCCGGAGGCCGGGUGGAGGCGGCGGUGAAGAGCGCAGCGGAGCAGGAGGAUCUGGGCGCCGAGUUCUUUGAAGAUGUGAACAUGAAGGUGACGAUACCGCGGAGAGCAAGAAUGAAGGAUCAGUUUGGAAAUCAGCCAGUGGAAUCUCUGUCCCCGAGGAUAAAGAAGCCCAAACUGAUGACCAGUAAAUGUGACUCCAUCAUCCUGGAAUGUCGCAGCGUCAGAGUUGGCACUCUACGAAGGAUGGUGACCAAACCUGUGGUGUUCGCCGUUGACCACAUCCAGCUGGAAACUGAAGGUACGAGUCAGCAGGAAAUCGAACGCACACGUUCAGAGGUGCAGACGGUGGAGAAGGUUCGUCUGCAGGCGUCGGAGCUGAUCAGCUGUGAGUGGUGCAACGUCCGCAAGCUGCCGGUUCUGUUCUUCCAGACGUCUGCGCAGGAGUGCAGCCGUCUGCGCACGCAGCUGCACAUGUCCAAGGAGAAAGGAGGCCAGUGGUACGACUGCGAAGGAGGCCAGUCGGAUGAGAAGUACAUCGUCCUGAUCUUUGAGAAUGGUCUGGCCAUGAAGGAGCAGAUGAUCCUGGAGGACAUUCUAGGAGAGAUCGGAAGAAGCAACAACCUCAGCAACUUCCCCGCAAAGCUGCCCUUCGAGGAGGCCAACAUCCGCCUGGUCAACUACAACAAGGCCUCCAUCCAGAAGGAGGACAAGGCGGGGCCAAUACAGACUCCUCCUAAAAUCAGCCCGGUUACCCCAGUUACCAAGGUAACGACGGUGGGCCAGGUGAGCCCGGUAACGCCGGUGGCCGUCCCCGUACGUACACGUAUGUCCACACGGCAACAGACCAGCACGUACUACGAAGAGGAGGACGAGGACAUGACAGACCUGCAGCCCACCUUCACUGGACCCAUCAUCAAGUUGAUGGUGUAUCCUCCUCCUCCAGCCAAAGGAGGCAUCUCUGUCACCAAUGAAGACCUGCACUGCCUUAACGACGGAGAGUUCCUUAACGAUGUCAUCUUAGACUUUUAUUUAAAAUAUUUAGUUUUAGAGAAACUGAGAAAAGAAGACGCUCAAAGAAUCCACGUCUUCAGCUCAUUCUUCUACAAACGUCUGAACCAGAGGGAGAGGAGGAACCUUCCAGACACCACCAACCUGCCAAUCCAGAAAAGGAAGCACAACAGGGUGAAAACAUGGACUCGACACGUGGAUCUGUUUCAGAAAGACUUUAUUUUUGUUCCCAUCAACGAAUCAGCUCACUGGUACCUGGCCGUCAUCUGCUUCCCCGGCCUCGAGGGUCCAGUUCUGGAGCCCAACCCUCUGUACCAGGGUCCGCUCCCCCCGUCGACCGACCCCGCCGACCCCUCCUCGGAGGAGAACAUCCCGGACCACUGCCGGCCCCUGUCCCCCGACGGAGACGGCCUGGACGGGUCGUCGGGACAGUCGUCGCCCGGCGUCCCCGAGGCGUCGGAAGGAGGCGACGGAGAUCCCGCUAAGGACAGAGAAGAGGAGACCGCCAUCGCCACGGCAACGGCCGACGGCGAGCAGCAGUACACCAGUGAGUUACACAGAAUCAGUGUUUGUUACGGUUCAGGAAACAGAGACGACGCCUACACCUUCUCCGACGACCAAAGCUCCUGUCAGGACGAGUGCAGCGAGGACGGCGCCCUGGCCGAAGACUCCGCCCCCUCGGACUCGGCCACCGCCUCCAGACUCAACCUCUGCAAACAGCCUUGUAUUCUCAUCAUGGACUCCCUCCGAGGUCCGGCUCGGUCCACGGUGGUCAAAACCCUCAGAGAGUACCUGGAGGUGGAGUGGGAGGUGCGUAAAUCCACCCAGAGGAGUUUUGGUAAAGAUGUGAUGAAGGGUUCCAGUCCUCGUGUUCCUCAGCAGGACAACUUCAGCGACUGCGGUGUUUACGUCCUCCAGUACGUGGAGAGUUUCUUUGAGAACCCCAUCCCCAGUUUCCACCUGCCCAUGAACCUCUCCGACUGGUUUCCUCAGCAGCGAAUGAAAACGAAGCGCGAGGAGAUCCGAGAGCUCAUCCUGAAGAUCCAAGCGCAGCAGGAACUGGACAAGGAGGCGGAGCCGGAGCCACCGGAGGCCCCGCCCAGUUCCUCCGAGGAGCCCGAGAUCGAAGAGACUCCGGGGGGGUCGACGGGGGGGGCGCUGCACCUGCCCGUCAGCCCCUGAGGCCGGGUGGGCGGGGCCCGUCGUCCCGGGCUCCACCCGUAACUUUGUACGUGAUGUAAAUACGCCGGCGUUUUUCCGCUGCCUUUGUAAUGUACCGUUUCAGACUCAUCCAUGAAGUGGCCGUUAAGUUAUGUUGUUCUGCUGAGGAGGAGCCGUGCAGACCACACUGUUCUGCUCUUGCAUCGUCUUUUCUAUGCUUUCAAGUCGAGUAGGAAAUGAAGAACAAACAUGAAUAAGAAUAAAGCGGUAGCGGCCGUUGCUGUGUUUCGUGGUGAACCUCUCCACCAUCUUCCAUCUCAUGAGUCACAGACGUAGUUCAGUGCUUGUUGUGUCUCUUGGAUGUGGAGUCGCUGAACCUUUUUGAGCAUUAAAAGCCACCGUAGAUGCAAGAGCA